AUGGGUAAUUUUACCGUCGGUGCAUAUCACCAGAUCCGUACCCUACAAGCAAUACCUAGGAACAUACGUAAUAUAUCUGUCGUCGGGAGUGUCAAUCACGGCAAAUCCACGCUUAUAGAUGCACUCGUCAUCAGAUCCGAUACUUUUUCUCGGGAGGAUGCUGGGAACAUGCCAUACAAGAGCCCCAGCGACGACGGAAAGGGGCAAAGUAUGACCAUCAAAUCGACUGCCAUCCCAAUGUCUUUCCAUAUCGACACGGAGAGACUUUCCAUCAUCAAACAAGACGUUGGAGGUCCAAAAUUCUUGAUCAAUCUCAUCGACUCGCCCGGUCACGCCGAUUUCUCGUCGGAGGCCACGGCCGCUCUCCGAGUCACAGACGGUGCACUUGUUGUUGUAGAUUGUGUAGAAGGGGUCUGCUUACAGACAGAAACUAUUCUUCGCCAGUCACUCAACGAGCGAAUCAGGCCAGUCGUCAUCAUCAACAAGGUUGACCGUUUCCUCCGUGAGCCUCAAGUCUCCAAGGAGGACCUCUUUCAAUCGUUCGCGCGUACUAUCAAAUCGCUCAACGGAAUCAUCUCCAUCCAUAACGAUUUCGCUCAGGGUGAUGUCCAGAUCUAUCCCGAAGAGGGCACCGUCGCGUUCGGUUCAGGUCUCCACGGCUGGGCCUUUACUCUCCGCCAGUUCGCCACUCGCUACAGCAAUAUAUUUGGUGUCGAUAAGGAGAAGAUAACGGCCAAGCUCUGGGGUGACCACUUCUUCGACCCCACCACAAAGAAGUGGUCGACACAAGGAAAUGAUGCUGAUGGCAAGCCGCUCGAGCGAGCCUUUAAUAUGUUUAUCCUUGAUCCAAUCUUCAAGAUUUUUGACGCUGUCAUAAACUUUAAGACGGAAGCGAUUGGCCCAAUGCUCCAGAAACUCCAGAUCAACCUAUUAUCUGAUGAGCGUGGUCUGGAGGGCGAAGCAUUACUCAAGGUUAUUAUGCACAAAUUUCUACCUGCUGGAGACGCUCUUUUGGAGAUGGCCAUCAUCCACCUUCCUUCGCCCGUCACCGCCCAAAGGUACCGCGUGGAGGCUCUCUAUGAGGGUCGUAUGGAUGACGAAUCCGCCAUUGGUAUUCGUGACUGCGAUCCUAAGGGGCCUCUCGUUCUCUACGUCGCGAAGAUGGUACCGGCCUCUGAAAAAGGUCGGUUCUAUGCUUUCGGACGUGUCUUCUCGGGCACUGUCCGUUCUGGCCUAAACAUCCGCGUUCAAGGUCCCAACUAUCUCCCAGGCAAGAGAAACGAUCUCUUUGUCACGAGCGUUGAGCAGACAGUCUUGAUGAUGGGUCGCUACGUUGAGCCCAUCGAGGAAUGUCCUGCCGGCAACAUUGUCGGUCUCGUCGGUAUCGAUCAGUUUUUGCUCAAGUCGGGUACCCUUACGACUUCGGAGACUGCCCAUAAUAUCAAGGUCAUGAGGCUCUCAGUCUCACCUGUCGUCCAAGUCGCCGUCGAGGUCAAGAAUUUUGUAGACUUGCCGAAACUUGUCGAAGGUCUCAAGCGUUUGUCCAAGUCGGAUCCUUGUGUUCAAACAUGGAUCGCGGAGACUGGUGAGCACGUCGUUGCUGGUGCUGGCGAGUUGCAUUUGGAGAUUUGCUUAAAGGAUCUCGAGGACAAUUACGCUGGUGUACCUCUAGAGAAGUCUGAUCCUUUCAUCAGCUACUGUGAAACUGUCCGUGCCGAAUCGUCCAUUGUAGCCCUCUCAAAGUCGCCAAAUAAGUACAACCGCCUCUAUGUCAAGGCAUUGCCCAUGGAGGAGAAGGUUUCUCUUGCCAUUGAGAGUGGGAGAAUCAGUGCUCGUGAAGACCUGAAGGUCCGAGCUCGUGUCCUCGCUGACGACUUUGGUUGGGACAUUGCCGAUGCCAGGAAGAUAUGGGCAUUCGGCCCCAAUGAUUCUGGACCCAAUCUGUUUGUGGAUGCUACCAAGGGUGUCCAAUACAUGGAAGAAAUCAAAGAUUCGCUUAUUGCUGGGUUUCAGUGGGCUACAAAGGAGGGUGUGUGCACCGAAGAGAAAAUGCGUGGUAUCUGCUUCAAUCUCAUUGAUGUCGUGUUCUUUUCAGAUGCCAUCCAUCGCGGAAGUGGACAGCUGAUUCCUACCUGCCGUCGAGUGUGCUACGCUGCAUGCCUCGUGGCCACACCAACGCUCCAGGAACCGGUAUACAUUGUUGAGAUUCACUGCCCUGAGAAUGCCAUCGGUGGUAUUUACUCCUGUCUUAACCAGCGACAUGGUCAAGUUUUCUCAGAGGAGCAACAACCCGGAGCACCGAUUUUCAGAGUAAAGGCAUAUCUCCCUGUCGCAGAGUCAUUUGGUUUUAUUGCGGAUCUACGUCAAUGCACGGGUGGACUUGCUACUCCACAAUUAAUCCUUGAUCACUGGGAGCUAAUGCCUGGUUCAUACUUGGACAAGGGCUCCAAGGUCGAGUUAGUGGUGAAAAGCAUCCGUCUCCGCAAGGGCCUCAAUCCUGAGAUGCCAUCCAUUGACAAGUAUUGUGACAAGUUAUAG